AUGUAUCACUUCUACUCCUUCCUCAGUCUAUUCGUCUUCCUCUCACUCACUCUUGCCGCCCCUCGAUCCUCCCGACCGAGCCCUAGCGUCUUCGCCGCACGUGACGAAUGUCACACCCAAGGAGAUAUCUGUGCCGAGACCUGGAUCGGAGACAAAGUACACCAGCGUCUUGAGUGGGGUGGCUGUAUUCCCGUCAAAGACUACAAGGAGAUCACUGGAUUCAAGGCCUUCAACUGCGACUGUUACCUCGCCGUCGACUCGGGUACAUGCAACAACGGCGGAGACGAACACAUCGACCAGUUCUCGCGCUGCAGCGGGCUUCUAUCGAAGGAAGAGCGGCGUUGGAAGAAAGCGCCCAACUACUACAGCUGCUCGCCCGGACCCCUCACUCAAGGCUGA